GUAUAAAUUAAAUCAACGCUGGGCUUCUUGUGGAGGGUCAGGAUGUUCCUAAACGCCACCGUCCCUCUUUCGGUGGAUUUCAAUAGCCCCGAAGACUUCCUCAUCUUCAUUUUCCAUAUUCUAUUCGCCACAAGUGCCGUGCUGGUCGCCGGCUCAGUGGUCAUCGGGAUAUCGUUCACCCGGUCCCUGCGCGGCCAGAACCGCUUCAUAUUCAUGCUGAACACUAGCAUCAGUGACACUAUGACCGGCUUCUCGGUCUACUACCUCGGCCUCUUCGACGUCCAAGAGGGUUACCCAUCCAGGAAUGGAACAUUCUAUAUUUUACCGUCGUUUCUAGGUGUUAAUGUCUUAACUUUCCUUUUUGCUCAGUUUGACCGCUACUUUGCGGUUUGUCACCCAUUCGUUUACAGUCGCUACAUAACAAAGUCUGUUGUGAUCGCAAUUUGCGCAUUUUGCUGGAUAUACACAUAUUUUAUCCUCACUAUGCAGAACAUAGUGCCCAUCUCAACGGCUGUUCAAAUAAACGCGUUUGGUGUGAUGUCCUUGCAGGUUAUAGUUCUUAUUAAAAUCAUCAUGACAAUUAAAUUAUACAUAAUAGCGAGGAACCAACUGGUGAGAGAGGCGCCCAGCGCUGAGAGAGAAAACAAGAAGGAGUCGCUGCGCAUCAUCGUGUUUGUGGUAAUUUGUUUCCUGGUUCUGUGGUGUCCGUCCUUUGUCAACAUCAUUAUCAGACAGCAGACUAGACAAGGUCUGAAGUUUAGGAAUGAAGCCACUAACCUGUUCGCAACCAUGGCACGCCUGAACGCACUGGUCACCCCAGCUGUUUAUAUCUGGGGCAGCCCGGCGCUGCGGGGGGCCAUUUGGAGGACGGUGUGGCGGAGGGUCUGCCAAAGGCGCAGGGCAAGAAUUGGCUUUAAGUGUGAUCGGAUGACCGGGCCUCCAUCGACAGCACCUCAGGUAUCAUGA